CCAUUUAAGCAGCCUGCGAGUACGGCGAGUGUAAAAAGGGGGGAGCUGCGAGUACGAUUCACGCUUGCCCUAACCCAUAAAAUUUGGUAAAGAUAGAGAGUUCCCUACUCGCCCACAAUCCUCGCUUCCGCUCUCCGCUCUGCUCUGCUCUGCUCUCUACCUACGGAUUCAACUUCCCUCUUCAAUCUCUCCUCCACCUCCUCCUCCACUCUACUUCAUCUAUGUUCCCUAGAUGAGGAAUUGCAAACAUCUAGAAGUCAUCAUGAUGGGAAUAGAUCUUGAACAGCCAUCAAGAGAACAUCAUAAGGAAGACUGUGGGCCGCUUGUCGAUGUAAAUAGGGAUGUAGCUACUGUGAAUAGUAAUACUGAAAAUGAUAAACAAAAUGCAAGACCAAAUGUGAGUUCAUGCAUGUCUAAUAGUGGAGAAAAAGGGCACACUACCAAUGUUGCGGCUGUGGAUUCUAUUACGAGCAUGGAGCCCCAUGGUUCUAUGGAAUUUAAUUCCAAGGAGGAUGCUUUUUCAUUCUAUAAAGAAUAUGCCAAGUCUAUUGGGUUUGCCACCAUAACAAAGGCCAGUCGUAGAUCAAGAAUAACUGGAAAGUUCAUUGAUGCUAAAUUUGUGUGCGCUAGAUAUGGAAGUAAGCGAGAACCCACUACAUCCGAAACUCCAGAACCUGCUUCUACUGCUGACAGCACAUUAAACAUUCCUAAUAAGAAGAAACGGGGUAGAAUAAGUCAAUCUUGGUCAAAAACAGAUUGCAAGGCUUGCAUGCAUGUCAAGAGAACACAGGAUGGAAGAUGGGUAAUUCGUAGUUUCACAAAGGAACAUAACCAUGAAAUUUUGUCCAAUCAGGCCUAUUACUAUCGGGGUCAUAGGAACAUAGAUCAAGGCAACAGCAAUCUUGAUGCUCUCCAUUCAAUUCGGGCAAGAACAAAAACUUUGUAUGUGAAAAUGUCUAGACAGUCGGGUGGAGUUAAGAAAGUCAGUCAUCAAAAGAGUGGACCCUCAAAUUGUAGUCAACAGAAUUUGCCUUUGGAUGGGGGAGAUGCACAAGCUAUGGUUGAAUAUUUUAUCGACAUGCAAGACGAGAAUCCAAACUUCUUCUAUGCUCUAGAUUUUAAUGAAGAACAACGUUUGAGAAAUGUUUUCUGGGUUGAUGCCAAAGGACGGCUUGAUUAUGGAAGUUUUGAUGAUGUAGUGGUUUUUGACACUACCUAUAUCAAGAAUGAAUAUAAAUUGCCACUUGCUCCCUUUAUUGGGGUGAACAAUCACUGUCAAUCCCUGUUGCUUGGAUGUGCACUGGUUGCAGAUGAGACUAAAUCUUCAUAUUCUUGGGUGAUGAGGUCGUGGCUUAGAGCAAUGGGGAAACAGUCUCCAAAAGUGAUAUUGACUGAUCAAGAUAAAGACUUGAAGGAAGCUAUUGCUGAGGUUUUCCCGAAUGCUCGCCAUCGUUAUUGUUUGUGCCAUAUAUUGAGCAAGAUUCCAGAAAAUCUCAGCUAUGUGUUGAGGCAACAUGAAAAUUUCAUGACAAAAUUUAAUAAAUGCAUUUUUAAGAGUUCAAUAGAGGAGAAAUUUGAAAAGAGAUGGUGGAAAAUGGUUGAUGGGUUCAAUUUAAAAAACGACGUAUGGCUUCAAACAUUGUAUGAAGAUCGUGAACGAUGGAUUCCUACAUACAUGCGAGACGUUUUCUUGGCAGGGAUGUCUCCAACACAGCGAUCGGAAAGUUUAAGCUCUGUCUUUGAUAAAUGCAUGCAUCGUAAAACUUCAUUGAGGGAUUUCUUAGACCAAUAUAGAGCAAUUUUACAAGACAAGUGCGAAGAAGAGGCAAAAGCAGAUUUUGAUAUGUGGCAUAAGCAACCAGGACUAAAAUCUCCCUCACCUUUCGGGAAACAAAUGGCAACCAUUUACACUCAUGCAAUAUUCAAGAAGUUCCAAGUUGAGGUUUUGGGAGUGGUUGCUUGCCAUCCCAAAAAGGAAAGUGGAGAUGAUGGAGCCGUAACAUUCAAGGUUCAAGAUUUUGAAGAUAAUAAUGACUGCAUUGUGGUGUGGAAUGAAAUGACAUCUGAUAUUUCUUGCUCAUGUCGUUUGUUUGAAUAUAAUGGUUUCCUUUGUAGACAUGUGAUGAUUGUUCUUCAAAUGUCUGGCGUUCACGACAUACCAUCUCAAUAUAUUUUAAAACGUUGGACAAAGGAUGCAAAGGGUAGACAAAUGAGGAGACAGGGGUCUGGUAUGGUUGAGUCUAGGGAUCAGCGCUACAAUAAUUUAUGUCAAAGAGCCUUUAAAUUGGGUGAUGAAGGGUCUUUAUCUCAAGAGAGUUACAAUAUUGCAUUCAACGCAUUGGAAAAAGCUUUGAAAAAGUGUGAGAGUGUCAAUAACUCAAUACAAAGUGUGCUAGAUCCUGGCUCACCUUCAGUUGAUGCUCUUCAUGACUUUGAUGAAGGUACCCAAGCUAAAAAGAGCAUCGUCUCCAAAGAAGGAAACGUACUGUCAGAAUCAGAGGUAGUAACCAUGGGGAUGCAUGACAGCUGGCAACAAAUGGAGCAACUAAAUGCACGAGUUCCUGCUCUCGAUGGCUGUUUUGGCACUCAACAAAUUAUGCAAGGGAUGGGAGACUUAAAUUCAAUGCCUUCUAGUCGUGAUGAUUACUACAGCAAUCAACAAAGCAUGCAGGGGCUGGGACAAUUGAAUUCAAUAGCUCCACUUCAUAAUGGCCAUUACAUGACUCCACAGAGGUUACAUGGACUGGGGCGCUUACCUUUUGGACAACAAAGUAUUCAGAAUUGUUUCGACAUUCAAGACACGGUAAUACAUGACUGCUUGGAUUCAUUUGAGUUGUACUUUCACGGAUGUUACAUCACAAGUGCUUAUUAUCUAUCGCAGGAUCAGUCUGAUGUAGGAUCCACACAUAUUCACGGCAUGGCAUCGAAGCACUUUCCCUCAAAGCAUCUCUCUCAGUAGCAAUUUUGCGCGUUGGUGGUUUCCUUAUUAGGUCAUCUUUCAAAAUUCUAUGCAUGGAGUAGAUGACUGAUUUUUGCACGAAGUAAGUUGGGUGGUUUUAGGUGAAACCCUUGCUUGCGGGGAUAAGGGUACAGUGAAUUUUUGUUAUCUUUGCACAAUUGACGUUGUAGAUGUUUUAUUGCUCUCUAAUCUCUAGGAAUCGUAUUGGAAAAACAAGAUUAGGUUUAAGCCACUCUUGUGCAAGUUGAUUGUAGAUGCUUGGCAUUUUAUUGUAAAAUCUUACUUAUUUGGAAGUUCAACAAGAAUAUUGUUACUACAUCACAACUCCCAAAUUUUUAGUACUUUCUUACUGGGAGUCAGUUGCAAGACCAAAGAGAAUCUAUUGUGGGUUGUUUGAUCUUACUACAUCACAACUCCCAAAUUUUUAGUACUUUCUUGCUGGGAGUCAGUUGCAAGACCAAAGAGAAUCUAUUGUGGGUUGUUUGAUGUUUCUUUUUUUUAUUUUUAUUGUUACUGCAUUAGAAAUUCUCAACUGACCAUUUAUUUUAUGCAUUCAAAGGUGUAAAGAAAUAGAGGUGUCAAACGGGCCGGGCUGGCAUGGGCACGGUUUUAGACGGGCCGAGCAUAGGCACGGCACGGUCUUAAACGGGCACAACACGGUUCUAGGCGGGUACAAAAGGACACAAGCACGGGGCCCGGCACAACAAAUACUGAGUUGUUAGUUGUAACAAAUUUUUUUCCAACGAAACUCAGUUGGAGAUGGGCCGGCACGGCACGGCACGAAGCUAACCUGGCACGGCCCGUUUGACACUGAGGAUGUGUACAAAGACGAAUUAUUCUCGAAAGGAUGGAAUUCUUGUACUUUCACCGAGUCACGACAGUGUAGUUAACUGCAGGAUCAAGUCUUUUCAUCAUCAAAUUGGUAGGGAAUAACAAAUGCUAAUUUACAGUUUCUUCUGUUUGUGAAAGACCUCUUUUAUAAAUGUUAUUGUGGUGUAGAACAUCUGGGAACAAUCUGCUGAAGUUGUAUUCAGUUUGUACAAAUCCUAUUUUUGUUAACUUUUGCUUGGAUUGAUGGAGUUGUACUUGUAGCAAAUGUUUUCGCUCAAUAGUAAGCUGAGCUGUGAGGAUAGGAGCAGUUUGGUAAGGCAAGAUUGGAGGCCAGACAAGAUUUGGAUAAUUUGCUUGAAAAGGGGGAGCUUUAUUGGGCUCAGCGUUCAAAGCAGAAGUGGCUUGAGGUUGGGGAUCAGAAUACAAAGGAUUUUCAUUGAGCAGCCACUGUUUGCUGGCUCUGAAGGAUGAUGAGGGGAAGUUAAUAACGGAUCCGGCUUGUAUUGAGAGUAUUUUUUUUAUCACUUCUGUAAGCUUUUCAAGUGCAGAGUUGGGGAUGAUGUUAUGGGUAGGGAGGAAUCAGUUUCUUUGUCCGAGGAGGUAAGCAAUUUGGGUUUUUGUCCUGAUAUUUUGCCUUCAGUGAAGUCUAAGCUUUCGGAGGAGCAAAGGCUGGCUCUGGACUGCCCUUUUUCUGCAGAAAACAUGAAAGAAGUUCUGUUUCAGAUGGAUGGGUGCAAAGCUCCAGGGCCAGAUGGAUUUACUUCUGCGUUUUAUCAAUGAAACUGCGAAUGGUUAGGUGAGGAGAUCACAAGGGCCACUUUGGCAUUUUUUGAGUCGGGUCAUUUGUUGAAGGAACUAAAUCAUACUACGAUUACUCUUAUACCUAAAAUUCCCAACCCGGCAAAAAGUAGGGGAUUAUCGGCCUAUUAGCUUAUGUAAUGUGCUGUAUAAGGUGGUGGCUAAGAUGAUGGUCAAUCGGUUGUGGUCGAUUUUGGCCUAGUAUCUAAAAUCUAAAUUUCAAAUUGGUUUCAUUCCUUUGUGCCUUAUUUCAGAUAAUAUUUUAAUUGUGCGUGGGAUCUUGGAGUUUAUCCGGAAAAGGAAGAAAGAGAAGAAGGCGCAUUUUGCUUUAAAGCUUGACAUGAAUAAAGCAUAUGAUCGGUUCAGUUGG